AUGUCUUCCGCAGACCAGAACUCUGACGCCACGUGGACGCCCGGUGACUUCGAGCACCCGAAUGAGGCGUUGCGGCGUUCAAUCACAAUUGCGCUCGUCUUUGCGUUUACUUUGUCGACUAUUGCUGUCGCCCUUCGUCUCUUGGCGAGAAAGAUGACUGGCAGCAAGCUGUUUUUGGAUGAUUACCUCAUUCUCGUUGCUCUGUUCAUGAAAUAUUCUUGCUCCAGUGGAGUCACAGUCCUUCUUUACAAUGGCUUGGGAUCGCACAUCACAAUGAUUCCCGCCAAGAACCUCACGGUUUACUUCCAAAUCGGAUAUUCCAACAACUUUGUCUACACUGGCUGCAUUGCCUUCAUCAAGUUCUCUAUUCUGGCACUAUACAAGCGCCUGUUCGCUAUUCGCUAUAUGAACAUUGCCGUGAACAUCAUGUUCGGCUUUGUCUGCCUCUGGGUUGUCGGCGUAUAUACUGCAGGGGCUCUUAUCUGCAUUCCCGUGAACAAAUUCUGGGAUCCAUCCGUCCCAGGAGCUUGUCUCAACCCAGCCAAGUUCUACUACGGCAUUCAAAUCCCUAACAUUCUCUCCGACCUCAUCAUCCUGGUCAUGCCCAUGAGGGUUGUCUGGACACUGCCCAUCGCCAAGUCCCAAAAGUUGCUGCUUUCCGGAGUCUUCCUCGUCGGUGGCCUAACUCUGAUCUUCGAUAUCUUCCGCCUCCAAGCCAUGAUCCGACUGGUGGAUCUAGGCCCAGAUAUCACAUACAACCAAGUCCCCGUCGUCGUCUGGACUUGUAUCGAAGCCGCUGUCGGCAUCACCGCCGCCUGUCUCCCGAACCUGCGCCCGCUCUUCAAGCUCGGCAGCCGCAACUUCUGGUCCCAGCUUCGUUCGUCCAAGCACGUCUCCGAGGGUACACUCGUUACCACGACUUCAGGAAGCACCAUUGCUGCUACUGAGAGUCGCUCCGACUCUGCUGCUGAGAAGCAGAAGCAGUUUGAUACCUUUGUUGCGCAGGAUAGUAUGGAGGUUGCGAAGUACAGUGAUCUGACUGACCGUCCUGGAGUGUAG